AUGUCUGGUUGGGACGACAAGCCCCAGGUUAUUGGUUACGGCACCAAGCGCGCCACCGUCACCAAGGGCUCUGCCCUCAACGCCGCCCAGCGUGCCGGUACCGUUCAGUCCACCACCGCCAAGGACCGCACCCAGGCCAAGGGCCCCGCCGACUACCAGCGCCUCGGCAAGCUCGAUGCUGACGACGCUCCCCGUCCCCCAGAGAAGGUCGACGUCUCGGUCGGCAAGGCGCUCGCCACCGCCCGUAUGGCUAAGAAGAACGCCGACGGCAAGUCGAUGACCCAGAAGGAGCUCGCCACCGCCGUCAACGCCAAGCCCCAGGAUAUUGGUGACCUCGAGUCUGGCCGCGCUGUCCCCAACCAGGCCCUCCUGGCCAAGCUCGAGCGUGUCGUCGGUGUCAAGCUCCGUGGCGCUGCCAACCAGAUUGGCCAGCCCCUCCACGGCCCCAAGAAGAAGUAA